AUGGGUGACUGGAGUUUUUUGGGCAACAUCCUUGAGGAAGUGAAUGAGCACUCGACGGUGAUCGGCAGGGUGUGGCUGACUGUGCUCUUCAUCUUUCGCAUCUUGAUCCUCGGCACUGCGGCAGAGUUCGUAUGGGGCGACGAGCAGUCGGAUUACGUCUGCAACACGCAGCAGCCCGGUUGCGAGAAUGUCUGCUAUGAUGAGGCCUUCCCAAUUUCACACAUACGCUUGUGGGUUCUGCAGAUCAUCUUUGUCUCUACACCGUCACUGGUGUACGUGGGCCAUGCCGUGCACCAUGUUCACAUGGAAGAGAAGAAGAAGGAACGUGAAGAAGCAGAGCUGAGCCGGCAACAGGAGACGGGCGAUGAGCGUCUACCAGUUGCUCCUGACCAGGGCAGUGUUCGUACAACCAAAGAGACCAGCACCAAAGGCAGCAAGAAGUUCCGCUUGGAAGGCACACUGCUCAGAACAUACAUCUGCCACAUCGUCUUCAAGACACUCUUUGAGGUAGGGUUUGUCGUGGGCCAAUACUUUCUGUACGGCUUUCGCAUCCUGCCUCUGUACAAGUGCAGCCGCUGGCCCUGUCCCAACACAGUCGACUGCUUCGUGUCCAGGCCGACUGAAAAGACUGUCUUCAUUAUCUUCAUGUUAGCUGUGGCCUGUGUCUCACUCUUCCUCAACUUUGUAGAGAUCAGCCACCUGGGCCUCAAGAAGAUUCACUUGGCAUUUCGCAAACCAGCCCAGCCUCAAAUCGAGGGAUCUGGUGCAGGUGAGAAGCCUUCCAUAGCUGUGUCCUCUAUUCAGAAAGCCAAGGGCUACAAGUUACUGGACGAAGACAAAACAGUUUCACACUUCUUUCCCCUGACUGAGGUGGCCGGCAUGGAGACCGGGUGUGUGCCUACUUCCUAUAAACCAUUUGGGGGAAAAACAGACCGAGCAUCAGCACCACGGGAGGACAUGUCGAAGAUGUAUGACGAGACAUUGCCUUCUUAUGUCCAAACUACCAUGGUGGGGCCCAGAGGAGCUACCGGCGUUAUUCGGAUGGACGAGGAGGAGAUGCCUGCAGAAGAAGACGUGGAAGCCAGCGAGACAAUAGAGGACACCAGACCCCUAAGUAGCCUGAGCAAAGCCAGCAGCCGUGCGAGGUCAGAUGACUUGACAGUAUAA